AUGUACAAUUAUUAUACUUUAAUAAUUUUCAAGUACCUGGGAUGCACUAUAACGGACACCAAUACACGAGAAGAGGAAAUUAACAUCCGGAUUCACAACGCCCUCCGUUGUAGUGCCGCUCUGCACCAAGUGUUAGUGUCGAAGCUACUGAGCAGAAGAACCAAGAUACGGAUAUACAAAACAGUGAUAAGACCGAUCUUGCUAUACGGCUGCGAAACCUGGACACUGACCCUUAAAGAGGAGGAAAAGCUUCUGGUGGCGGAAAGAAAAAUCAUGCGCAAGAUCCUGGGCCCAACACUAAGAGAAGACGGCAGCUGGAGAACCCGCUACAACGCGGAAAUUGAGACGCUGGUGGGUGAGCCGAAUAUCAUCGGAGAAGCAAAAGCUCAAAGACUCCGAUGGCUGGGCCACCUCAUGAGGAUGGGGGAAGAUCGAAAGUCCAAAGCAGCAUACCUCGGGACCCCGAUUGGCCGCCGACCCAUCGGUCGGCCCAGGUACCGCUGGCGAGACGCCGUAGAGCUGGAUCUGCGGGAGCUACAAGCGAUGGACUGGCAGGAGAAGGCGCAAGACAGGCGACUUUGGCGUUCAUAUCCACUACACCACUACAAGCCGCUACCAUCAGCACCAAAAUACCGAAAAUCAAAUUGGCACAAAAUACAACGUCUUAUAGCCAAUCCAUUUAUAGAGGAAUGA